UGCAGUUAGCUACACUUAAAAAGAGCUUAGACUGACUGUCUGUGCAGUUGAAGAUGCAGAGCACGUGCAAGGCCACAGGUCCCUUUAACUCCAGUGGGAAUUUAAAACAGUUAAAUUAAACUUCUAAUAUCUAUUGUUGAAGAUAAAUCUUAAGUAAUUUUUUAGCAUUUAUCAUCAUUCAUCACACAGUUUGUUCAAAUCGAUUGUGUAUUGUUUUAGUUCCGUUUAACUAGCGUUAAUUAGCUUGUUAAACAUACAACUUUACCUUGCUAAAUGUGCGUCGAGUCAUGGAUAUCAAAGGUAAAUACAUACGUCAAGACAAAUCUCUGCUGAGUGCUGAAGGUCCCGGAUGUGCAGUUCACUCAGAGCUCCGGCGAGUUUGUAUCUUGCCGUGACCAGCAGCUCUUUGGUUGAGGCUUUCGAACAAUCAGAUGCAGCGUUACUCACUUGUUGUCCAAUCACAGACGUCGUUCUAUGCUCCACUGACGAAAUGCCGCAUCCUCUCACCAGCCACGGGCUCUCCUCGUCCAUUUAACAACAAAAACACAGCAACACUCGCUGUAUUUGAGACAGCGUGGAAGAUGACUUUGAGUUAUCCACUGUGUGCCAUCGCCCUGAAAGCAUGGACAAGCUGCAGGAGCAAACUAAGUUUACCAAAAAGGAGCUCCAAGUCCUCUACAGGGGCUUCAAAAAUGAGUGCCCAAGUGGUGUGGUAAAUGAGGAGAACUUUAAGAACAUUUACUCCCAGUUCUUCCCUCAGGGAGAUUCAAGUAUGUAUGCACAUUUCCUGUUUGAAGCCUUCGACACGAACAAAAACGGCUCGGUUAGUUUCGAGGACUUUGUAUUUGGCCUGUCUAUCAUCCUGAGAGGGACCAUUAAUGACCGGUUAAACUGGGCAUUCAACCUCUAUGACUUGAACAAGGAUGGUUGCAUCACCAAAGAGGAGAUGCUGGACAUCAUGAAGUCCAUCUAUGACAUGAUGGGGAAAUACACAUACCCCACCAUGCAGGACGAUGCCCCAAGAGAACAUGUGGAGAGCUUCUUCCAGAAAAUGGACCGGAAUAAAGAUGGGGUGGUAACCAUAGAUGAAUUCAUUGAGUCUUGCAAAAAGGAUGAGAACAUCAUGCAGUCCAUGCAGCUGUUUGACAAUGUCAUCUAAACAUCUGGACCAGUGAGGACACUGGCACCAGAGAGGGGUACGUGUGCAUGGGUGUGUAAGAGGAAUCGGGAUUGAAGAGAGAGAGAGAGAGAAAGCGUCUGACUGCAUGUGUGUUGUGUGUGUGUGGCUGUCUCCCGACUUGCAAGCUUGUGCUCGUGUCUCUGUUGAGAGCUGAGUCCUGAGGACACAGAGAGGGCCCCCUCCCUCUAACUGGACCCCCCAGUGGCUUCCUCCAAGCAACAAAGGAGUGUCCCCAGCGCCCAUCCUCAUCAUGCAGAACCUUACGUUUCAUCCCAGAGACACAGAGAAAGAAAGCAAGCAGUGGGCUCACAGCCACCUGCACACCUAACACCCAACCAGCCCCUGCCUGUUUUAUUUGAACUUUUAUUGCUCUUGCUGACGGAGGGACUAUCACAGCCUUUUAUUGGUUGAACUCAGAAGGAUGCUCUCCCUAAACCCUGAUCUCAGAUCACUUUUCCCCUUUCCUCCGUGAUGGCUGAGAGAUGGCAUUGUGAACCUGAUCCUGCCUCUGUGCAUGUGGGUAACACCUUCCUGGAGCCGUAAGACUCAUGGCUCAUUUCCUGGCCAUAAAAAUAGAAAUGAAUCUACGGCCACCUGGUGGACAAGAGAGAAAAAGACACUUCCUGAGGGAGCAACCAACAAAUUGGUGAUCCGAGCGAUCCCGUCUUACGGAGGGAGCUCCGAACGCAUUCUUUUCCACAAGGGACUGAUUUCAAUAUAGCAUGAUGAUGUCACUAAUAUCUAAUUAUGUAUUUACAGAGAUACUCCAAAGUCUGCUCGUCUGUCUGCUGUCCUAGUCAUUCACAGGUGCCUCACCCUUUGUGUAUGUGUGCGUGCAUGUGUAACAGAAGGAGAUGUCAUCUGUCUUACAAAUGUAAGACUUUUGUGACACAACACCCACCUUCAUUCACAGGAUAUGGUAGAGUAAUUCCCGGCCUUCCAAACUAUUACAAUCCUAACAGUAGUUGUCUAUUG